GUGGGUUGCAAACCCCUGAGGGAACCAAUCAAGAGCGUACCUCUCCACGGGGCUUGAGAUGGAUAUCAAGCAUAUGGAAUAAAUGCUCCAAGGGCUUUCCAUUGUAGCUUCAUAUUUUGACGUUGAUGGAGCUUUUCAUUCAGUAAUAGUUGAUGAAGCGUUCAAAGUCUUUGCUUCUCCUCCAGCACGCACCCCCUCCCGCUCCUCCCCCCAGGCCCGACACGCUGCCUCCUCCCCCGGCCAGCCCACACGAGAUGACGGCGGUACCAUCCGGUGCUUCUCUUCCACUUUAGCAGCCGGAGGACCGGGAGCCAGGCGACGUUCUUCCCAAGAAGCUCACGGCUAGAGCCGGCUAUGUUGAGCCAGCAGCGGGACGGUUAGACUGAUUUCCACGCAGGCUUCUCUCUUCCGUGUGACCGAGGAUGAGCACCAUCGCGGCGGCCGCCGGAUCGGCUUCUUGCCGCUUCGCCCACUACUUCGUCGUGUGUGGACUGGACCCGGAGACGGGCCUGGAGCCGGACGAUGGAACAGGAGAGAGCUUUGAGCAGAGCCCCAUUCGCCGAUCGUUCAAGUCCAGGAUUCUGGUCCACUACCCUGAGAGCACCGACAGGAACCCCUUCAAUAAGGAUGCAGUCAACAUGCUCUGCAUGCCGAGGGGUCUUUCCUUCCGCACUCAGAUCGACCGCAUGGAGUCUCACUUCCACUCGUUCACCGUCAGCUUCGAGGACGGUUCGCGCUCCUACGGCUUUGUUCACACCUUCUACGAGGAGGUGACGGGCACGCAGAUCAUCACGGCCAUGCAGACCCUUCACCAGAUGCACCACGUGGAGCACCACUCCGCUUCUUCCUCGUCCGCCUCCUCGUCAGCCUCCUCGCCGUCAACCUCCAGCAUGGACUCGCUGGUAAGCAGCCUGGAUGAGUCUGAUGCCGAUUCCCUGGCCGCCGGGAAUGCCGCCGCCGCCGCCUGCCUGGGCUGCGCCGGCUCCUUCGACCCGUCUCACGACACGCUGUACGUGUCCAAAGCCCUCUGCCUGCUCACGCCGCUCCCCUUCCUCGGAGCUUCUCGCCACUUCCUUUCUCAGCUGCACCAGGCCGUCGCCUCGCAAACGGCGCCGCCUCUACCGCUGGAAAGCUACAUCCACAACAUCCUCUACGAGGUGCCGCUGCCUCCGCCCGGCCGCUCGCUGAGGUUUCACGGCGUGCAAGGGCCCAUCUUGUGCCAGCGGCCCGGCCCCGGUGAGCUUCCGCUGGGGGAGUAUCCUCUGGGAGAAGCCUUCUCCCUACUCGGCAUGGAAAACAUGGUCCAGCUGCUUACCUGCUCGCUCCUGGAGACGCAGAUCCUUCUCUACUCUCAAGACUACCAGCGCUUGAUGACGGUGGCAGAGGGCAUCACGACGUUGCUGUUCCCAUUCCAGUGGCAGCACAUCUACCUGCCCAUCAUCUCGGCACCUUUACACCACCUCCUGGAUGCUCCCGUGCCCUUCCUGAUGGGCAUCCAGCGCAGGGACGGCGCUCAGCGAGCCUCCCUUCACCUGCCGCACGAGGCCAACCUUUGCUUCGUGGACAUUGACAACCACUGCGUGGACUCUCCGGAGGGUCUCCCCUCCUUUCCGGACCAAGAAGAGCUGGUCCGGGAACUAAGCGACGUCCUGCAGCGUUUCGGGGUCCCCCUGCAGGGAGGCGCCCUCGCAAAGCCCGCCCCGGCCUCCCCCCAGCUGAGCAACCUGGUCCUGGAGGACCUGAUGGAGGACAGAAGGAACGGGAACCUCGGCGGCGAAGAGCUGGAGGUGCUGGAGAGGCUGCAGGCUCUGGCUUGGAGGUGCGGAGGAGACAAGGUGUCGGGCCAAGGGAAGACGCUGGGCCGCGUGUGGGAGGAGGAGGAGGAGACUCUGAGAGUUGCAAAGAUGAACAUUCAACUAAGGGAGGUGUUUGCCGGACGCUUCGCCGCCAUGUUCAGCCGCUACGAGGACUUCGUCAUCCACAGCGCGAUCGAUUUGGAUUCCUGGAUGAGCAACCGAGAGGGAACGUUCAGCUUUGACAAGGGUGCCUUCCUCUCAGCUCAGCCCGUGAGCCACUUGCACUUCCUGUCCCGCUUCCUGGAGACGUCCAUGUUUUCAUCUUUUGCCGACGGCAAGGUGAUCUCUCGCUGGGCCGACCGCGAGCCGCUGCAGCAGCUCUUUGACAGCCGCCUGGAGAGGGAGCGACUCUACGACACGGACCGGGCCGACUCUCCCGGGAGUCGCUACAGGAAAUGCUCCACACUCUUCGAAUCAGCUCAGGCCAUCGAGCGCAGGCUGCUGAAGGCCGACCACACCGCCAUUCACCCGCACCUCCUGGACAUGAGGAUCGGCCAGGGUCGCCACCAGCCGGGCUACUUUCCCAAGCUGCAGGCCGACGUCCUCGUACACUCGCAAAGCACCAACAAGCGGUCCAGUCGUGUCACAGCUUCACGCCGAUCCGACCCCAGGAGGACGUCGUCAGCAGCAGAACUCUCAGGACCGGACGGCGAACAAAGACAGAAGCACACACCGGCAAGGAAGCACCUGAACCAGCUAAAGUUUCUGCACCUGUCGCCUCAAGUCAUCGCUCAGACGCACAGGGAGUUUGUUCAAGGGCUGCUGGGCGAGUGCCGACUGAAGACCAAACGUAUGUUGAUGGAGAGGAUGGGGAAGGAGAGUGCGGAAGUGGGGCAGGGGGAGGCCAACAUCAGCGGCCUGCAGGAGAACACGCUGAUCCACGGUCUCUCCGACCUACUGGAGAGAACUUGGGGCCACGGUCUGCAGAUGAAACAGGGCAAGUCAGCUCUGUGGUCCCACAUGCUUCACUACCAGGCGGCCUUGCCGAAAACUGAGGUGCCUGCUGAGUCUCCAGGCACAGAGCAGAGAACACAUGAUGACGGCGCUUUCCUUCUAAGAGGGUCCUUGGUGCAAGAUAUGAGGUUUAUCCAGGCGAUGAGCGAGGGUCUGUCCGAGGUGGGACAAGCCCGGGCUUGGAUCAGCUUGGCCCUGGAGAAAAAGAUGCUCUCGCAACACCUUAAAGAGCUGCUCACAAACCAGGAGUUGCUUAGACAGUUAUAUAAGCCUCACGCCUUCGUCCUCUGCGAGGAAGAACGAGAGCAGUUUCUAUUCCACCUUCUGUCUCUCAACACGGUGGACUACCUCUGCUUCACGCACGCCUUCGCCUCCAUCAACAUUUCCUAUCGCGUGGCCAUCAUCCCCAUGAAGAAGCUGAGCAUCGCAAUGGCGACCGUCAAUCCGUGGGUGUGCUUGUCUGGUGAAAUGGGAGAUUCGGGAGUGAGACACAUCCCCAAGAAUACGCAGGAGAUCUUUUUCCAGUGUAAGAACCUGGGCCGACUGAGCACUUUGCAGCUGGGACAGGAGAACUCGGGCCUGCUGGCAAAGUGUCUCAUCGACUGCGUGAUGGUCUACAAUGAGGUCACGGGCCACACGUACAAGUUCCCGUGCGGCCGAUGGUUGGGGAAAGGCGUGGGCGACGGCAGCCUGGAGCGAGUCCUCAUCGGCCAGUUGGUGUCACCUGGCGGGGAGGAGGAUUCCGGAAGGUGGACGGGGACGCCGCCGGAGCUGGCCUCGCCUUCCCAGGGUGUUCGCGCUGUGCUGGGAUCUCUCGGGAACCGGACGAGAGUGCUGUCUGUCGAAGUCCACGAAGACAUGAGGGAGGCGGCAAAUAACCUCGUCAAGCACUUCCACAAACCUGAACAAGAGAGAGGCAACCUGACAGUGUUGCUGUGCGGCGAGGGAGGUCUGGUGCCCUCUCUGGAGAAGUUUCUCCUGCACGGCUUCAAGUGCAGCCGUCUCUUCCAGAGAAACGUCUUUGUUUGGGACUUUGUAGAAAAGGCCGUGGUUUCCAUGGAGACGGCCGACCAGCCGGGCAACCCGCCGGGUUCCAUGCUGAUCAAGGAGCCGCCUUGCGACUUGCUCUGCCACUACGUCAACUCCAUCAGCGCCUCGCCGCGAAACAUUGGGAAAGAGGGCAAGUUCCAGCUGCUGGUUUGCCUCGGAGUCAGGGACCGCCUCCUCUCCCAGUGGCUCCCCCUACUGGCCGAGUGCCCCCUAACAUCGCGGACCUACGAGGACGGCGCCCUAAUGCGCGACUGCGCCGCCGUGCGCUCGCUCUCGCGCAUCCUGCACACGCUCAACGAGUUCGCCGUCACGCUGGAGACGUCGCUGGUCAAAGGCGUGGCCCUCUGACGCCCUCACCCGGACGUCGCCACGCUGGUUCCUGAACUCCUCGUUUGCUGUAUUUAAAAAAAAGGCGCCCGUGGACAGAAAUGACGCCAUGUGAGCUCCAAACCUUUUGCCUUGUAAAUGUCUUUACACUCUUUAUCUGCUUCGUGAAGUAGUCGGAUCCUCCUUUGUGUCAUUACACUGUGAAAAAAAACUAAUAAUAAUAGUUAAUGAAAAAAAAAAAACAAGAAUCCUCGGACAGAAGUUGUAAUUCACAACCUCACAUGGGCCGUGUUUGUUUUCCUAGCUCAUACCGACCGAGUAGACGCUCGGGGAAAAAGUACAUUGUUGUUCCUCCUUUUGUAGCCUUGAUGCUUCACUUUUCCGCUUCAAACUACAGUGGCACCUUGACUUACAAGUUGAAUGCGUUCCGUGGCCAAGCUCAUAGCUUCAUUUACUUGUAUGCCAAAUCAGUUUUUUCCCUUUGUCAUUAAUUGAAAUGUCAUGAAUGUAAAAAACAACCAAAACACAAUCAGAGAAUGCUAAGAAGAAACACAUGGGUUUUAUAAAGUGUAAUUACUGUACGUACUGUAGUAUUGAUUGAUUCAGUUAAAUCUUUUAUUUCGAACAUGCGAACGGUGAAAUCAAAACAAAUCAAACCAUCAAAAAUGUAAAAAAAAAAAUCUAAUUACAUGUUCAAAAAGGCGUAGGAAGUAAAAACGUUUUCACUCUGAACCCCAUCUCUACUUCCUUUACAUGAACAUCGAUAUAAUUGUCGUAGUUGUAACAAUAAUAAUCGUGGUCAUUUUCAUAUUUUAUCAAUAACGGUACAGACCUGGCCCACUGAAUUUCCUUUUGAAAUUCAAUUAAUUUUACUUAUGAGUAUUUGAAUUAUUGGCAGUUGUUAUCAAUCGAAAGGUCGUAAGUGUUUCUACGAAAGAAAAAAAAUACAUUCUAAAGUAAUUUAUUUCCAACGUUUAAUGCCACAUUGUCUUUACCGUUAGGCAUCCAAAAUGAAGUCUUUGCUGUUAUUGAUCAAGUUUUAUGAACAUGACCCAUGUAACACAUCCUUAAUCCUAGAUACAGUAAUACAAUAAAACAAUUGAUCAUAUCAGUGUCAGCAAUAUCGCAGAUAUUUCCGGAACAAAAAAGGCUGCGUGUGAGCGUCCGGGCGUGAGUUGUGGCCUACAGCAGCUCAUUGCCAGUCUUCUCAUUUUGUAUUUGUAAAAUGGCUGAAAGUGCGAGGGCAUUACAGUACCUUCAUUUUAUCUGGGACAAAUUUUAUCCCGUAUGAGACUAGGGGCAGCAAAAAAAAAUGUGUUUUAAAUGAAGCGCUGCGGCCAAUUCGAGACUGUGGAGCAUAAUGCAGCACGGUCUGAAGCAAAGCAUUAAUGUCAAACCCGGGCUCAAAAAUUCAAGGUAUGCAAUAGCCGAGUGUCAAGGUUACAAAAGCAUUUACUGGGCAUCAUCCGAGUGCCAAACAAUACACAAGAAAUUACAAUAUGGCGGAAAACUUCAUUGAUUUCAGGAGUUCAAAUCAAAAAGUGAAACUCCAAUGUUGUUAUUGAUAUAAAUGAACAUUUUUGUGAUUUAGAUUUUGUCAUUUCAUUUUCGUGAUUGAACCUUACCAACUACCAAAAACCUCAAAUUUAGCAUCUCACCGAAAUGUUCGUGUCCAAACUGUGCAUAACGUUACAGUAGCUUACAGCAAUAUAAAAUCUAGUUUUUAGGAGUAAAAUCUCUCUUUUAAAAACAAUUUUUUUUAGGUGGUAUUUGAGGUAAAAACUUCGACCACCACUGGUCCAAUAUAUUGGUUUUGCUUUUUAAAUGGAGCGACUGAAAUCAGUGAACUUUUCAAGCGUGUGCUCACCAAUAAUGUGCUAUGUUUUCCUGGCGUGUGUACUUAAACCCUGACAGUGUUAACACUCCUCCUACUGUUGUUGCUUGCGCUCUCUCGACUUUAAAAUGGAACAAACGCAUGGCCAAAUCUGUUAGUUUUGUCUCUCGUGUGUCGUGAUCCCCCCGACUAGCAGGACUCGGGCCUUAUUCGCUUCUUUUCCACGCUUCUUAUGCUGUCUGCACACUUUUUUUUUUUUUUUUUUUGUGUUGAUCAGAAUCAAAAUAGUUCAGGUCCACUCUCUUCUUCCCGUUGUAAAUAUGUUUGCCUCAUCUAAUAAUCUCUCAAUGUUCAAUGUCAUAUUCCUUUGAAAAGGCAUCACGUUUGUGUCAAAUUUACAGAUUAUGAUCCUGUGGAUGGUGGUGGUCCUGCUGUUUGUUUUACACGAAAGUGUUAAAAGCACUACAUUGUAAAAAACUACAACAUAUUAUAUAGUGAACCCCCGUUUAUUGUGGAGGACACGUUCCAGAUCCACGUUAAAAUCCCUGAUGCACAGUUCUCCAAAUAAGUACAUUUAAAAUGUUCCUAUAUUUUCGUCUGCCACUAGCUUAAUGCUAACAUAUAAUGUGAAACGCCCUAGACGGGCUAACAGAGGUUAACAUAGAUGUACACAGUAAUUAUAACCUUUCAACCUUCUGCUCCUUGAACACGCGGCGCAGCAACGCAUAUGUACAAAGGUGCACACAUUCUAAUCGCAUAAGUGCUUAAGUAAUUCAUUAACGUUUUCGUAAAACAAGAAAACAAAACAAAAAACAAAGCAAAGUCCAGUUUCCUUGAGUCAACCUUUGCAUAUCCCCAUGAUCCGGAUGACUGCGAAUCUACACGGAAAUAAAGAAAAAAUAAAACACAAUGUUUAGCUACAUCAUCGAUAUCGUGAAGUUCAAAAUUACAUCGGUAAUUUCGGCUAACAGUAUUCUCUGCUCUGUGGGAAUAAUGCCGAUUACUGGAUCUUAGUUGGGGACCUUCUCUGCAAAUUCUUCUCCCUCUUAAAUGUGCUGCAUGUCUUCCAGUAGCGUUCAGUGCUGCCCGGCAUGUUGUGGCACAACCUGAUACUACACUGAACGCGCGCGGCCCUAAAUUCGGACUUGCCUGUACACCGUAAAAACACAUUUAAAACGAUUGCUUAAAAAUCGGCGAUGUAGCGGGGGCGAGAACGAUGCAUCGCGAUGUGGCGAUGGUUCACUGUAUUGCGUUUAAUUUACCAGUUAAGAAACGUCGUCUUCUCCUGCGCUGUCCCGUAAGCACUAUGUAACCACUAUUGUCAUUUAAAUACCGAUUAGAGAGAGCAAUAAAUGAUGGUUAUUUAUGAAAAUGUAGUGUCACAAAUUAAAGUUACUAAUAAAAAAGUGGAAUGUG